GCUUGAGUGCGGCCCUUUUACCAAAAUGGCCGGCAGCCUCGUGUGUCGGGUUCAUCCCGUUGUUUUAUUCAGUAUUGUUGACUCGUAUGAGAGGAGAAAUGAAGAUGCAAGGAGAGUGAUUGGCACAUUAUUAGGAACUUUGGACAAAGGUGCUGUGGAAGUAACAAAUUGUUUUACAGUGCCACAUAACGAAUCAGAAGAUGAGGUUGCAGUUGAUAUUGAAUUUGCAAGGAAUAUGUACGAGUUACAUAAGAAAGUUAAUCCAGGGGAAGUUAUAGUUGGAUGGUACUCGACUGGUUCUGAAGUUACGGAACACUCCGUAUUGAUACAUGAAUACUAUGCCAGAGAGGCUAAGAACCCUAUCCAUCUCACAGUGGAUACAACACUCAGGGGAAACAAGAUGGGGAUCAAGGCUUUCUUGAGUUCUUCUAUGGGUGUCCCUGGGAAGACAAUGGGUACAGUGUUCACACCAAUCCCAGUGGAUAUAGCAUUCUAUGAGCCAGAAAGGGUAGGAGUUGAGUUUGUCCAGCAAGGUAAAAAUAACCCUAAGAGAACUGUUUCCAUGACAACAGAUCUGAACCAGGUGACAAAUGCAUGCAACUCCAUGCAGGAAAUGUUAUCUGUCACCAUAAAAUAUGUGGAUGAUGUCUUGGCAGGUAAAAUUCCAGCAGAUGCCACAGUCGGCAGAUUCCUAAUGGAUUUGGUGAACACAGUACCCAAGAUUGAUGCAGAGCAGUUUGAGGAAAUGCUGAAUUCCAACAUGAAGGAUCUACUGAUGGUGGUUUACCUGUCCAACCUGACCCGCACUCAGCUACAACUGAAUGAAAAAAUGAGCCUGUUAUGAGAUGCCCUGUUACAGUCUUAUUAUUCCAACCGUCAUUUGACUCUUAUGAAGAAGUGCUCAGCACAACAAAUAGCCACACCAUUGGGCCAAAAAAGCUCAACUUGUGUGCAUAGGCUUCUGUCAGGAAACUGGCUUGGUAUAAAUACAUUUCACAUGUCAAACCUUAUAAACUGGUAAAUACCUGUGUGAUUUUAUGGCUACUAGAUGGGGCCAGCUGUUGGACAGAACUGAUAUUGGGACCUUAAAGAUUCAGUUACUACAAGAAUGAUGGCCGAUGGAUAUCUAAUGUCAGGAUUUGGAAAUGAGCUAAUAGCUGGAGAAUAAUAGCAGAAUUGAGACUUCGCCUAAAGCCAUUCACUUUGUGAUUGGGUUCUGGUGUUGACAUCAUUGUCUAUAAUAGUAACAAACUUAGAAGUACUGCAAAAUAACAUGCAAUGGUCAUUUCGUACUCCUGUUUAGGAUGAUACUUGCUGAUAUUGUGGAGAUUAACUAGAAACAACAGCAGAAACAUUGACAUACUUAGUAUGGGUUGUAAUGCUGCCAAGAUAAAAGUUGUUCCAUCUCAUAA